UUGGCGGACUAUUUCGUGAGGCGGAUGUGUCCAAAUGGCUGCGGUGUUUCCGGUGUUCAUGAAUGCCUCGGUGAAGAAGCGCGGUUCCUGAAGAAAAACGGGAGUAGUGGGUUUCUCGCCGAGACUAUUUUCUACCCACUAAAUAUCCUGCAGGCUGCAGCGUGAAAGCCGCCUUUUUUUACUUGCUUUUUCCUCUCUGCUCGACGCCGUGCAGCCGCCUGUUUUCUGCUCUCGGUGUGGCUCCGCCGACCUUUUGAAGAUCUAGUGAACAACAGACCCGUUACUUUAUUAGCGAGCUAACCGCUAGCUGCCAUGUCGGGUGUUGUGCGAGGCCCUGCUGGGAACAACGACUGUCGGAUUUAUGUGGGGAAUCUUCCUCCUGAUAUUCGCACAAAAGACGUGGAAGACGUGUUCUACAAAUACGGAACAAUUCGAGAUAUCGACCUGAAGAACCGGAGAGGGGGCCCGCCUUUUGCAUUCAUUGAGUUUGAAGACCCCAGGGACGCGGACGAUGCAGUCUAUGGGCGUGAUGGUUAUGACUAUGACGGUUACAGACUCCGUGUGGAGUUUCCUCGGAGCGGCAGGGGCUCAAGAGGCGGCUUCGGCGGGAUCGGUGGAGCUCCCAGAGGCAGAUACGGUCCUCCAUCCAGACGAUCCGAGUACAGGGUCAUUGUUUCAGGACUCCCUCAGAGUGGUAGCUGGCAGGACCUGAAGGACCACAUGCGUGAAGCCGGCGACGUGUGCUACGCCGACGUUUACAGAGAUGGAACCGGGGUUGUAGAAUUUGUGCGCAAAGAAGACAUGACCUAUGCCGUUCGAAAGCUGGACAACACCAAAUUCCGCUCACAUGAGGGAGAGACUGCUUACAUUCGUGUGAAAUUAGACGGUCCCCGCAGCCCCAGUUACGGAAGAUCACGCUCCCGCAGCCGUGGCAGUCGGAGCAGGAGCCGCAGUCGCAGCGCCAGCCGCAGCCGCAGCAAUUCCCGUGGUCGUGGCAGAGGAUCGCCCCGCUACUCGCCUCGUCACAGCCGAUCUCGUUCCCGUUCUUAAACCUUUCUACCACCAAUGUUUUUCCCUUUUUGAUGUAUACCCUUCUGUUUUUAUCUCUUAUGAGUUCCUCCAGAUGUCAGCAAUUGAUUUUUAAUUUUUUGCAUUUCAUGUCCCGAUGUCCUUGUGGAUGAUCUUGGUAUGUAGAUGUACCCCCCUCCUCCUCUUUCCCCCGUUCUCCCCUCCCUCUCCAACUGCUUUGUCCUUUUGUUUUCUCUCCCUCUCUCCCCUUCUUUCUGUCUAUCAAUUUUUGCAACAUAAGGAAUUGUGCUGUGUUGAACUUCAAAAAUGUUGAGCUGUUUUAAGCUGCACUCAAUGUUUUUGCAAGUAUUGAAAAUUGAGUUUUGUUUUUGUUUAUUUUUUAAAAAAAUACACAGCUUCUCUCAUUGGAUAUGUGGGGUGGGCUGUUUCAAUGGGGAGCCCAAUGCUUAACUGUAUUUUACCCUUGUGUCUUCCUUUAGACAUCUGAAGAGAAGGAUUAAAGUGAUUUGGAAUAAAA